ACUAUCGCUUUAAUAAAUAAAAAUUUACCUGUUUUGUCAGAGGAAGAGUGGGGAUUAUGCAAAGAGCUAAGCACAAUCUUACGUCCUUUUGAGGAGGUCACUUCACAGAUUAGUGGGGAACGCUACGUGACAGGUAGCCAAGUGAUACCCCUAACAAGAGGCCUGAUGUCCGUGUGUAAAAAAAUGCAAAAGGAGCCAUUCAAACCAGUUAUUCAAAAUAUUAUUAAUGAACUGCUGCAUGGUCUCGAGAAACGCAUGGAAAAUGUUGAACACAGCAAAACAAUAGCACUUGCUACUCUUUUAGAUCCCAGAUUCAAACUUGCUGUCUUCAAAGACGAAACUGCAAAGCAAUUGAUCAAAAAAACAUGUACAGAACUUUUAGCUGCAAUCUGGACAGAGACACAUGGCAAACCUUGCACAGCAGAUGAUGAAGAAAUUGGUAACACUCAAAACAAAGAUGGCAACGUAGAUUCCGCAAAAUUUUCCGUCUGGGAGGACGUUGACAACAUAAUUGCCAAGGAGAAACCUACAGGUACGAAGACCUCCGCUGCAAUUGUCGAGUUGAACCGGUACUUAGAUGACAGCUAUCUAGGACGGAAAAAAAGAUCCUAUGGGCUGGUGGAAAGAGAAAGAGAAUCAACAU